CGAGGCGGACGUCUCGAGCCUGAAACACCAGAUCGCCGCCUCGCAGGGCGUGCCUGCGGCCGAGCAGCGCCUCGUGUUCGGCGGGCGCGCGCUGGGGGAUGCGGAGCUGCUCGGCGGCUGCGGGCUGCAGGACGACUCGACCGUCUUCCUGGGUCUUGAGCUCGCGGGAGGCGGCAAGAAGCGCAAGAAGAAGACGUAUACCAAGCCCAAGAAGAUCAAGCACAAGCGCAAGAAGGUCAAGCUCGCAGUGCUGAAGUUCUACAAGGUCGACUCAAGCGACAAGGUGUCCCGUCUGCGACGCGAGUGCCCGCACGAGCUGUGCGGCCCCGGCGUGUUCAUGGCGAUGCACUUCAACCGCUACUAUUGUGGCAAGUGCCAUCUCACAUACCUGAUCAAGAAGGGCGACGAGUCCUGAGGUGGCGCCGGUGGCGGUGCGCCCCGCGCGCGGCGGAGAGCGGCGGCAGACCUCGGCCCCCCCGUCAAAAAGGCGGCGGCAAGGUCGAGUUCCGGCCAGCUGUAGUCUUACGUUUCCUUGGACCCCGACGUCGGAUCUCGAAGAAUAACCAGAGCCAUGUCGGAGGUCAGCACGAAUCGUGACGCUUCCUGUGGGGGGGGGCCGGGGCCGGUAACGGCCGCUGUCGGAUAACCAUCGCGAAGAGAG